UGUACCGUCUUAAGCUUUGAUGUUUGAUCAGUUCGAAUGUGAAGGUGAUUAAUUUCCGCCAAUAAUGCCUUACAUUUGGUCUUUCUGUGGAUCUCCCAUCCUAUCCUAGAUCAGUAUGAAUGAGAUAGGUUAAUAACAAUCAGUUGCUAAUUAUACUUGUUACUUUGGUCUUAACGGAAUCAUAAGUUUUAGGAAAAGGAUCAAGAACAUUUCUUAGGGAACUUCGAAUGCCCUUAUCUGGUUCCAAUGAUUCCAUUGAUUUUUGCAAUAUUUAAAACAACAAUAAGUUUUCUUUUUUUGCUUUCUGUUAGCCUUAGGUUGACUUUCUGCAGCAAACCACACAGGUUCUAAGUGUCCACAACAUUGCUUGUGUUGAAGGAUAUAAUUGAGAUCAUAUAGUUAAGGUUGAAAAGAAUAAUUUUUUGUUCUAGUCAAAUUAUAAUAAUAAUAUCUUGUCAUGUUUCUGAGUAGGUAUUACAUAUACCUACGAAACCACUAAUAUGUACAAUAUUCUAAUAGAUUUUUUAUUUAGGAAAUUCCUCUCAACCUUCUUAGUAACAGCAUGACAGGAUAUUUAAAUACAAAAUUGUUCUGCUCCAGUAAAUAUUCUUGUUGAAAAGUCAUCCCAAGACUAGAAAAAAAAGGAACUUAUCAACAUGUUAGCUAGCCAGCUGGUUCUAUGCCCAAUAAGAGUUGCCUUAGUUGAGUAAUCUCAUUAAAUUUGACUUUUCUUAAUGCACAUAUCAAAAGAAAAUAUAUAGACAGAAAUUAAAAGAAAAUGAAAUUCAUUUGCUGAAAAUGUAUGUAACAAGGCCUCUUUCUUACUACCAAAGGAAUCCAGAUGCACUUUCAUUACCUCCUGAAGGUCCAAAUUCAGGUUACUUGGUGAUUCAAGAUGAGGAAUCUGAAACAUAUUGUUGUUUUGGACUUUGCAAAAAUUAUGAUAUCAUGGACAUGCCUAUCCCUCAGAAUAAGAAGCUGACUGUUCGAUAUGAAUCGGGUUCUGGUGAGAACAGGAGCGUUAGCAGGGACGAAGUGAUGUUCAUUCCAGUUCUUAACAAGCCAUUGUCUUCCAAUCAGUAUUAUGCUAUCAAGCAUCAUGGAAAGCGCAAAGGACAAGCAUUUACUUGUUCAACGGAGGAAGACAAGCAAACCUGCUGUUUCUGCACAUGUAUACAAGACGUUAAACCGAAGCCAUUAGAUCCAGAGGAGGCAUAUCAGCAGUUUGAGAUAUGUCUAUAUGAUACAGGUUGCAAUGUCAAAGGUAACUUCUGUGCCAAGUCUCUUGCUCCAGAUGGUUUUCCACCAUACUUUCUAAGGCGAAAAGGUUGGCAUCUGAGUGCCGAAACUCCUAAAAAUUAUGAACUCAAUGAUGAUGCUCUAGGCCUCAAUCCUGAGUUGAGGCAACAACUUCCACAGUUCAAUGUCACAUCACCUUGUAAAAGUUCUGAAGUUGUAGUCGUGGGGAAAUGGUAUUGUCCUUUUGCAUUUAUCAAAGAUGAAACAGAACUUAAAGAACAGAUGAAGAGAUCAAUUUUCUAUGAAAUGACACUUGAGCAGAGAUGGGAACAGUUCUUCACUUGUCAAAAUGACAAACUUAACCAAGGGAACUCAGUACUUGUGGAUGUUGCACUUGACACACAAGUUGUCCUUAUUUCCGGAAGUGAUAAUAAAGCAACAUGGGAUGAUAGAAAUGUCGUUGAAGGAGUAAUAUGGUUUAAAAGCUAUGGUAAAGAUGGAAAUGAAGUAGCAAGUUUGGGAUUGAGACGUGAAAUAGUUGAAAGAAUGAAGUGGGAACAACAGAGAGGUGGAUGGCAAAAUCAAGGGAGGAUCAAACAAGUCGAAGAGAACAGAGAAAAUAGUAGUGGAUGGAGAAGAUUCACUUGCUAUGUUUUGGUUGAGAGGUUUGUGUUGAGAAGAAUGGAUACAAGUUUGGUAAUGACUUAUGAUUUCAAGCACAUUAACAAGGUUAAAAGUAUAUGGGAGUAAGACAGUAUGAUACUACAUGUGGUGUUGAUGUUUCUGUGUGUACGUGUGACGACCUAUGUUGCUUGAACUCCCAAAAUUACGCUACUCUUGAAGGAUCUAACACGCAUCUGAUGGCAUUUUUGAGGAGUCUAAGAACAUACUAUGUGAAUAUUUUUUUUUAUUAAAGGUUUAAGCUAUGUAUCAAACUCUAUCAGUGUGAAUUAACAGAUUAUAGUAGGUUAUGUAUAUUGAGUAUGUCACAUAUAUAUUAUUGUAUCUCAUGUAUAUAUCUUAUAUAUUCCAAUUUGGUGAAGAAGAAUCCUGUUGAUGGUUAA